CCGAUCAAUCAAGACUCGGCUAAACGGCUGCCACGUCAGGCAUCCGGUGUACAAAAAAGGGUUAUGGUACUUCUGGCGGCAGACGUCGUCCAGGCGUCGUCGAUGUCGGCGGCGAUGCGACGCUGAUGCCAACCUCGUCAUCGCAUCUGAUGGAAGCGACGCGACUGCUGGACGCUGGCUGCCUAGGACGUCUGGGGCGACCUCUUCCCGGACCGUACGCGCCCUUCGGCACCCCGAUGGCGCCGUACAGCAUGGCCGCGUAUCCUCCCCAUCACGUACCGUACUCCAUCGACGGCAUACUGCACGGUUCGCACGCGGCGGCGGCGUCCCACCACGGUGGACCCUUAGGUCUCGUCAUGGCGUCUAGUCCGGGACACGCCGCCUUGGUCGGGUCCCGUGCCGCCGUUCUCAGUCACAGGAUCGCGGCCGCUCAGCAUCACCACCAGGAACAGCAGCAGCAGCAACAACACCAUCAGGCGACGACUAAGGUUUCUUCGCAUCGGUCGAAAUCCAAAUCAUCAUCCGCCCCAGCGGAGUCAUCGCCACUGUUUCAACUCAUACAGAACGCAUCGUCAAACUUCAAGGAAAAAUAUGCCGCGGAGUCAGACAAAGAUGGCGGCAGCAGCAACGGCGGAAGCGGCAAGCGGCGUCGCACGCGGACCAACUUCAAUGGCUGGCAGCUGGAGGAGCUCGAGAAGGCAUUCGAGGCCAGUCACUACCCGGACGUCUUCAUGAGGGAGGCUCUCGCCAUGCGGCUAGACCUCAUCGAGUCACGUGUACAGGUGUGGUUCCAGAAUCGCCGGGCCAAGUGGCGCAAGAAGGAGAACACCAAGAAGGGACCUGGUCGACCAGCCCACAAUGCGCACCCUCAGACCUGCUCGGGCGAACCCAUCCCUCCCGAGGAAAUCGAGCGACGAGAGAGGGACCGGCGGGAAAAGAAACUACGCAAGCAGCUCGAGAGGCAGGCCAAGAGGCUGCAGCAGGCCCGCCUCAAGCCUGGUGUGAACCUCGCGAGCCUAAGAGAGACCAUCCAGCAGUCGCUAACCGAACUGUGGAACACUAACCCGACGAAGGAACCACGGGCCCUGGUUGGCCCGGAAACGUUCCGCCUAUUGGAGACGCUCGGCUUCGAUGUCAUCGAAGUCCUGUCCCGGGCUCGCUUCGAACCGCCCCGGCGACAAGACGUGGCUCCACCGUCCAGAUCUUCAGCGGAUGACAGCUCCUCUGACGUGCCAGCGCAUCGCUUCAUGACGUUGCUAACGACCACCACUCCACCUGGCGGAGGCGUCGUCGUCAGCGGCGGCAACGGCGGAGGCAAGUCAUCCGCCUUCAGCAUCGAGAGUCUCCUGGCGUCUCGGGGAGGCUCACGGGAACAGGCGAAACACGUGACGCCGCUGCGGUUACCAAUGGCAACAACAACAGCGAGCGGUUUCCCCCUUGUAGUCCAGCAACCCAUGGGCUUUCUGGUGCGCCCUGAACUCCAAGAACGUGGCUGUGACAAUGACGGUGACAUGAGCGCGGAACGAGUCCAGCAGCAACGUCAGCAGCAGCAGCGGGACUGCUGCAGCUCAGCCGAUGACGACUUCAGCGAUCCUGACGUCACCGGUUGCGACGACGAGGAUUCCGCCUCGCGAAUGGACACCAGACAGACCUCCAGAAGAGAGCGAACGGCGGACGAUGACGAUGACGUCAGUGUCGGUGGUGGUGACGUUCGCGUUGACGACGACUGUGAUGUGUCGUUGCGUGAGGAACGGAACAGGGACCCAGCGUCUGACGACGAAACGGGGUCCGUCCACGUAGCGGUCGACGACGACGGUGCGGAUGGGGAUGACGAAAGGGAUGCGUGGUAACGACGGCGACGGAACGGCGAAGCGACGCCCAGCAACAUAACGACGAUGCACUGGUUCCAUGAGCAGCACAGACAUAACUUAUGCGAUGGUGACACGCACUUUCGAUCGCGAUUGAGACUUACCUAAAUCGAAUUGCUCUGUCACGAUUGCCUCGUACUCAUAAGCUGCGGAAAGAAGCCUAUCGGGGUCCAGCAAUCAAAUAGGUGGCAGGCCCGGUCGCGAUCGAAAUUUUACAGUGCGAUGACAUUAUGAAAUUGUGAAGCACUCAGUUGAGCGCAUUGUUUUCGUUGCAAGUCAAAGAAGGGAUUUGUAAGAAUUGGGCAUUGGUCGUAAUAUUCCCCAUGCAAGUUGCACACAGAGAAGCAUUUCUGGGAAGUAUGUAUCGUGUGCACUGCGGCUUGCAUUUCACCUUCGUGACAGAAGCGUGUGAUCAUUAAAGCUGUGCUUCAUUUACCACUAAAAGAAUCUGCUAUACUUUGGCGGAACUGCCUGAGGCGUCUAUAGAUGUGACAAUGACACAUCUUUGAAAUGAACAGUCUAGUGGUUGUGUCUGCUGCUCAACGAGCCUUUUCAAUCAUGCAUUGUGAAUUCUCUGGUCUCACGCUACGGGAGGUGCGAAAGUGACUUUACCUGGACUUCGCGAGGGACAUAGUGGUUUCUUGUUCUUUAUUUAUUAUGCAUACGCCUCCGUUCCGACUCCUCUCCAAGUGCAAAUGUAGGUGCGGGUAUCUUUGGGGUUAGUAAGGCCGCGAGGACUUGGUAAUUAGCUGUUGAUGACACGCAAUGAUGCGCCAGUGUGUGCUUGUUUACAUGUGUGCAUGUGCGCGCUUGAACUUUAGAUGAAGCGCGUACGUUUUUUCCUUUUUUUUCUCUGACAAAGAAGGCCCGCGUUGUGACUUAGUCAAUAAAGAGAGUCGAUAGAGUUGGUUGUGUGAUCUGAAGCGAUAUUAUGUCAUCUUUAUCAGUAUGUUGACCUGUUUUCAAUUCUGACAUGCGUCCUGUAAGCCACAACAACAUCGAUGAAGGAAAAUUUGCGUCUCUAAUAAAGCAAACGCAUUUAUUAUUCAAGUGGGAGGAUGGCAGUGUGCUCGUGGGCAGCUUUGAGUUCUAUAAACAGGUCAAAAGCCAAGGAAUGCAGGAUUACGAUGGAGAGCAAGUACAACGCUUUAGAAACAGAAGGAAAGGAUGACACAAAGGUAGCAACAAAACCGUAACUCAAGCAAUUUCUGGCGCAGCACUAGAACUGGGCAUAAAAUACUAACACAAGAAUUAAGCAAACUGCCUCAAACCACUACAGACAUAAUAAAAAAAGCUACAACAGUUGAAGUUAAUUUCGUCAAGAGACAAAGUAGAAUUUGCUGAGCUGUCAGAAGUGAUCGAUAAAAGUGAGCUGAGUGACAUACGAAACCAUAACUUUAAAGAGAUAGCGGCAGCAGUAACAAGGGCACCAGCAACAAGGGCACCAGCAACAACGAACCUAACAAAACAAAUUGAAGGGACCAUAAUGCAUGCCGUAUCAGCGAACCAAUACUGUUAACAAUUUUAAUGAUUUAAUGAAGAUGGUUGACGGACUCGGAACUAGGCAUAUCGAAUGGAAACGUCCUCACUUCGAGGUAAAGCAAAAUUGAACAAGACAUCAAGUUCCAACCGUAGCGAUCGAUGCAGUAAGAAAAGCCCUAAAGGAAUUUCCCGCGGGAAAGCGGCCUGAGAAGACAUUAUAACAACCAAUUUGUUGAACCAAUUUGUUCAGAUAUAUAGAUUUUAUAUUCGAGAAUCGACAUAUUUGCACAGCGCAAAAUGAACGAGGACACAGGAAAGGACACAACACAGGCGCUGCAGGAUUGAUCCUGCCGUUCUGUCAAGUUAUAUUGGAGAACUUGGCGACACUAUGCUUU